AUGAUCCCAAAGAUUCGCAGUACUAGCAGUCAGACACACCUGUCAUCUCCAUCCACCAUUGAUCCUGAGCAUGAGGAAGACUAUCCACCACUGGAAUCUGUCCCUGACCAAGAACCCCUAGCGACUCCCACCAAAUCUAAGAGGAGGAAAUCCAGACGAAAGUCCAAGCAUGAUGAUGCUCCUCCCCCACCGCCUCCCCAUCGUUCUCCGAGCUCCUCCUCGAACAAGCUUUCCAAUAGCCCCGUGCUUACACCGUCGGGUGUUCGACUCAAGCGCCGAGGCUCUUCGCCGCUGAAGCAUGAAUAUGAGCCUUCGACUGCUUCAGAUUACUCCGAAACCGACUCUGAUGCGUCGACUGUGCGACGUUACACUUAUUCCUCGUCCGAAUACUCGCAAUCCUCCACGGACUCGGACUCUUAUUCCUCGGCAUCGGAUGAGGAGGAAGAUGUGUCUGAUCUCCCCAAGCCAAAAGCCAUUCACUCUACUACGUCUGAUGCGAGCUCGCUGUCUCCUUCCAACUCUGCGUCGCAAGGUGGAUAUCGUACUGUACCAUUGCAACCAACAAAGUCGACCAAGGCGAUUGCAUCGAUUUUUGCUUGGUCUGACAAGGGUAGCUGGGAUAGCCUAGUUCCCGAUGAGUGCUCUAUCAUCGUCAGCCCUGGCCUGAUUGAGGCUUUCAAGAUGGCGUCUGACUCGAACCCAUCGUCGAGACCUCUCAUCUCUAUGGAACUCACACCGCUGGUUCCGAUUCGCCGAGGUACCGCGAUCGAUAUCAGCAUCCGCUCACCUCCCACGGACCGAUCUAAGAUCACAUCCAGCAACAAUAUCAUGUUCCGAUCUCGCAGCCCUGAUGAAUGUGACGCUCUUUACAGUCUUAUCAACCAAGCCCGAAUCAAUAACCCUACUUACAUCGCCCUUCAAAAUGCCCGCGGCCCUGUUUAUGACAACCACAUGCCCACCUUUGAGCAGCCCGAUAGCAGAGAAGGAAACCGCUGGUUCGGGUUCCCUCGUCGCAGAAAGAGCUAUCGUGCCUCCGAUUCCCCGCGCUCUCUGGCCGAGGGCUCUGAGAGUAGUGUCGGUACAAUGAGCAGCGCAUUCUCUGCCCUGAAGCGCUUUGGUGGCGGCAGUAAGAUGUUCAAUAUCUCUCGCUCGACUGUGGAAUCUCGUAGCGGCCGCGAAGGUAGCAUGUACUCCGGCUCAGGGGGCUCUUCCGACCCCUCCCCAUCAUCAGGCAUUGGCCGGAUUGCCGCUGCAAUCAAGGGCGCCGACGGCAUUGGCCUUUCAAAUGCCAAGAUCCGUCUCUACCUUCGCGAGUCUGCCUCCAAGUGGCGGGACAUGGGUGCUGCCCGUUUGACAAUCAUGCCUGCACCAUUGAAGAACCCGCCCUCUCGCCCUGGGACCGCCGUCAGUGCUCGUAGUGAAGGCAGCCGGGACGAUAGUACUUCACCACCAAGUUCAGGUGCGGCUACACCACGCCGUGAUGUGGAGCCCGAAAAACGCAUCAUCAUCCGUGGCAAGACGCGAGGCGAAGUUUUGCUGGAUGUGUGCCUCCCAGAAAGUUCGUUUGAGCGUAUUGCUCGCACCGGUAUUGCUGUCUCUGUGUAUGAGGAGAAUGAAGGUGGCAUCAUUGCCCAAAAAGGUGGUGUGAACACCAGUACCCAGCGCAUCUACAUGAUCCAGUUGAAGUCCGAAGCCGAGGCGGCGUAUACCUUUGGCCUUGUGGGUAAACUGCGGUAUUAG